AUGGCACCAGUAGUAGAACAAGACCUUCCUCAAAACCUGCCUUUACAACGAGUACUGUCAAAUCCCGAUGGCACAAUCGAUACUCCUCCUCGAGCGCCGUCGCCUGUGCAUCAGUUCGGCACCCUUGCAGUUCAUGCUGGUACCAGACCAGAUCCUCACACAGGCGCAGUCAUUCCAGCCAUAUCACUCUCCACAACGUUUACACAAUCCUCUGUUGGAAAGCCGAUAGGGCCAUACGACUACUCAAGAGCUGGCAACCCAAAUAGAGACAACUUCGAAGAAGCAGUUGCAGCUCUUGAGCAUGCGAGGUUCGCCCUCGCCUUCUCUUCCGGCAGCGCCACCACUGCGACAAUCCUACAGUCUCUCGCCCAGGGAUCUCAUGUGAUCUCAGUAUCGGACGUAUAUGGAGGAACACAUCGAUACUUCACAAAGGUUGCGUAUGCGCACGGUGUUAAGGUUACCUUUUCACCAUCCAUAGAGCUUGAUAUACAAACAAUGAUCACACCCGAGACGAAGCUCAUCUGGAUAGAGAGUCCUUCGAACCCCACCCUCUCACUUGUCGAUAUCAGAUACAUUGCAACCGUUGCCCAUCAACAUGGCAUAUUAGUUGUGGUCGACAAUACCUUUCUUUCUCCCUAUGUACAGAACCCGCUCGAGCACGGUGCCGAUAUAGUUAUACAUUCGGUGACAAAAUACAUCAAUGGCCAUAGUGAUGUGGUGAUGGGUGUUGCAGCAUUCAACAGUGAAGAGCUGUUUGAGCGGUUGACCUUUCUACAAAACGCCAUAGGAGCUGUUCCGAGUCCUUUCGACUGCUGGCUUGCGCAUAGAGGACUCAAAACGUUACAUCUACGGGCACGAGAAGCUUCGAAGAAUGCGACUGCGGUAGCCAAAGCACUUGAAGCAUCGCCUAAUGUUUUAGCAGUCAACUACCCUGGCCUAGAUAGUUCACGAUACAGACACAUCGCUUUGAAGCAGCACAGGGAUGGCAUGGGUGGUGGCAUGCUAUCAUUCCGAAUCAAAGGCGGCCACGAUGCAGCCGAGCGCUUCUGCCAAAACACCAAGAUCUUCGCACUGGCCGAGUCACUUGGUGGCGUUGAGAGCCUAUGUGAGGUUCCAGCAGCCAUGACGCAUGUUGGUAUUCCGAAGGAGCAGCGAGAAGCUAUUGGUGUUUUCGAUGACCUGGUGAGGCUAAGCUGUGGUGUCGAGGAUAGUUCAGAUCUAGUCAAGGAUGUGCUUCAUGCAGUUGAGAAAGCUGUGGUCGGACCAAAGAUCACGAACGGUAUUACAUCAAACGGCACAGGAUAG